AUGGCUUCCUUAGCACAGUCGGCGGCCAGUGUGCGCUCUAGGAGACAUCAAGAUGCCGCACUGCCAUAUCCGGAUCAAUCCGGAAAGCCAUCGCUCUACAAGCCUGGCGCAGACAGCAGUAGCAGCGAUGCGAUCAAAGGCAAGACGGCGCGCAGGCUCUGCUCACCAUCAGUCGCCACCGCUCACAGCACUGGUCUUGGUCUCGGUAUUGGAUCGCAGCCUGGCGCAUCUGCCGCUGCUACGAAUCUCGUCUCCAAGAAGGAACAUCGCAUCAUCGCUGCCUUGGUCCUCGUCGCACUCCUGGUUCGCAUGUACAAACUUGGCCAACCCUCCAGUGUCGUCUUCGACGAGGUUCAUUUCGGCGGCUUUGCUUCCAAGUACAUUCAGGGUCGUUUCUUCAUGGAUGUACACCCUCCUCUCGCCAAGCUUCUCAUCACCCUCGCCGCAUGGUUAGCAGGCUUCAACGGCGAUUUCGACUUUAAGGAUAUCGGUCGAGAGUAUCUCCAUGGCAAGCACACUCCCGUACCAUAUCUCAUGAUGCGAGCAGUCAACGCGCUUCUUGGUGUCGCAACUGUUCCUCUCGCCUACCUCACCCUUCGUGGUCUUUCGAUGAGAGCCUCGACAGCAACCUUGGGCGCCAUCUUUAUCCUCUUUGACAAUGCUCUCACCACACAGAGCCGACUCAUCUUGCUCGACUCGGUCCUUGUCUUCUUCACUGCACUCACCCUCUACUUCUGGGUUGCCUUUUGCAACCAAGAGAAACGUGCUCCUUUCUCGCCAACAUGGUGGGCUCUUCUUUCGCUCACAGGUCUCAGCUUGGGUGCCGUUGCAAGCUCCAAAUGGGUCGGUCUCUUGACUAUUGCAACCAUCGGCGUCUCGGUCAUUGCUCAGCUCUGGGAGCAUCUCGGAGAUGUCCGACAGCCAGUGGGCACUCUCGUUCGCCACUUUUCUGCUCGUGCCGUUUGUCUCAUCGGCUUGCCCCUUCUUGUCUACCUCUGCACUUUCGCCAUCCAUCUCAGCCUUCUUUGGCGCAGCGGUGAAGGCGACCCCUUCAUGAGCAGCGCCUUCCAACACACCCUCCACGGACACGCUAUGGCCGACACUUAUGCUGACGUCGCUCUCGGCUCUACCGUCACAAUCAAGCAUCUCAACACUCAAGGUGGCUACCUCCACUCCCACAAGGCCACCUACCCUGCUGGAAGUCAACAACAGCAAAUCACCCUCUACCCUCACUUGGACGACAACAAUGACUGGGUCAUUGUCAAAGCUCCAGGACCCGAAGAUCCCGCCCCCAAGCUGGACGACAAGGGUCACCCUCUGAGAUCUGAGGACGAGAUCACACGCUUCCACCAGCACCCCAUCCGCUACCUCACACACGGCAUCGAGAUUCGUCUCAUCCACACCACUACCGACAAGCGUCUUCACAGUCACGACACAAACCGUCCUCCCGUCACCGAAAGCGACUACCAGAACGAAGUGACUGCAUAUGGCUUUCAAGGCUUUGGCGGUGAUGCCAACGACAACUUCCACCUCGAGAUUGUACAAGGUGACAAGACCGACCGUCUCUCGUCUACUCGAGUUCGUUCGCUGCGCACUCACUUCCGCCUGAGACACACUCUGACGGGAUGCUACCUCUUCUCCCACAAGGUCACUCUGCCAGAUUGGGGUUUUGGACAGCAAGAGGUUACAUGCAACAAGAAUCCCUCCAUGCCCAACUCGCUCUGGUACAUCGAGACCAACACCCAUCCUCUUCUUGUUUCGCCCUCUGACCCUAAGACGCGCGUUGAAAUGGUCAACUAUCGCACACCUACUUUCCUCGAACGAUUCUGGGAAUUGCAGCAGGUCAUGUGGCAGACCAACGCCGGCUUGACUGAUCGACAUGCUUACGACUCGCGACCCCAGACAUGGCCCAUGCUCAAGAGAGGUAUCAACUUCUGGACCAAGGAUCAUCGCCAGAUCUACCUCAUCGGCAAUCCGAUCGUAUGGUGGGGUGCUUUCCUUUCUGUGCUUGCCUACCUCGCUUCCAGAGGCUUGCUCAUGCUGCGAGCUCAACGAGGAUAUGGCGAUCUCAAGGACAGCAGAAUUCGAUUCUACGAUCAGACUUGUGGUUUCUUGACUCUCGCUUGGGGUCUGCACUACUUACCUUUCUUCUUGAUGCACCGUCAGCUAUUUUUGCAUCACUACCUGCCAGCGCUCUACUUCUCGAUUCUCAUCCUUGCCGUCGUUUUUGACUUUUCCACUUCGACCUUGCGACCUCGUUUCCGCCUUGUUGCUGGUGUCCUUGUCACCAUUGUCGUCCUAGCUGGCUUUGUGCGAUACACUCCAUUGACGUACGGCUCCGACUGGACCCUCCAAGGAUGCGAAAAAGCACGAUGGAGGAAAGGAUGGGACUUCAACUGUGCCGAGUUCCCCCGCAAUCUCGCCGAGUUCAAAAACUACCCUCCUAGCGUACAAACGCUUGAAUGGGCCGAGAACAUUCACAAAGCACCCCCCAAUCCCGUGUCGCACAACAAGCAAGAGGUCAACGCGACACAAGAAGCAUCUCUUGCGGCCGAGCCAGGUCGUCAUGCGUUUGAACAAGUUCCGCUGCGUGCUAUGCAGUCUUCAGCUGCUGAAGCGUAUCAGCAUUUGAAAGAUGGUUUGCAGCAUGAAGUGGAUCAUGUGAAAGGAAAGAUGGGGUUCAGUGCGGAUAAGGGUAAGAAGCAGGAUCCUGUAGCAGCUGGCAAGGCGGCUGAUCCGGCUGGAUUGGACCAACAGCAGAUCGAACAGGUUAUGCUGGAAGGAACAGGCGUGAUUGUGAAGGGUGCAGCGGCAGCAGCGACAGAGAGUGCGGGAGCACCACCAAGCGAGCCUAGUCAAGCAGCUCAAUUGGAUGCACAUGCGGACGAGGAAGCGCAUGAGGCGGCGGAUGUUGUGGCUAACGAUCGAGAUGAUGUCUCUCCCAAAGAUGUCUAA